AUUUUGUUUGUGUUAUCGACAUAAAUUAUAUUUAUAAAAUAAAAUUGUACAUGUUCGUUUCUUCUAGAUCAUAUAUCCCAAAUGCAUUUAGUAUCAAUCAAUCUGGCAUCCCACCAAUCCACUUCACUAAUUCGACAAGCAUUUCAGAAGAUCUAUUGAAGUUUACAUGUAUGUACAUACAUAUAUGUAUGGAAGUUUUAUAUCAAGAAUUAUUUAUAUACCAUCACAUUUGCCUUGGAAUCCUUGGAAUUCGAAAUUAUUCAGUUUUACACUGGCCCCUAGUCAGCCAACAUCACAAAGUUUCAGCAUCACUCGAUUUUCCCUGUGACAACAAAAAAUAAAAAUAAACAUUUUCAAUUUACUUUGAAACAUGUGGUAGGAGUUCUUAAACAAACUCAUGAUUAAUCGCGGUCCAUCAUUGUCUCAACAUUAUAUAGAACGUAAACUGAAUAUUCGCUUUGGAGCGUUGGAACUCACGUACUGAGAAUAUUGGAGCAUGAGCAAGAUUAAGAAAAUGCUGUCAGGGUUUUUGACUGACUUCCACGGAAAUGUAAUAGCAAUAAUUUCCAAAAUAAGAGGUAUCAACAGGGUUGAAAAUGCACCAGUAGAAGCUCCUUCUCCGGCAGAGUCCUCAGUCAGCCAACAAACAAGUCAUCAAAGUCCAGAGAAUGAGGAUAGUAUCAGUGAUAGUGUGAGUAGCGAGGGAAGUAUCGAUGAUAGGGAAAGUCGCGAGGACAAUAAUGGGGAUGCGGAGAUGCUGGACGCGGAGUUAUCCGAGGAGGAGUCAAUCGCAGAAGAGCAGAAAUCUUUAGGAUACAAUGCAGACAUUAGUAACCCUUCCCAGAACUCGAGGAAGAAAACGCAAAGCGGAAGACAAUUUUAACCAGAGCACAGACAAGAAACCGAAGACGAAGGAUUAGAGAAACCGUACGAAAAAAUAAAUAGUGUUCAAGCAGAGACGCACUUGCACUUCCUCCAAGGGCAGGAGCUGUUAUGGCUCGACAAAUCUUGCUCUUGGUAACUUAUUCCAUUGGGUUAUUCUUUCCGCAUUAUACUUUUCUUGGGAUUUUUAUUACGCUAGGAUAAACCUAUAAAUAUACCACGGAUGCAGCGAAGAGAAGACCGAUGACAAGAAUAUAAAAAAUAAACGUGAAUUUUCUGUUAGAUGUACACAACUUUAUUACAUAAAUUAAUGGCUUAUAUAUUAGUA